AUGUGCUUGUGCGAUGGGGGAUGGUACGGGAAGAACUGCUCAAACCUCGUUGCUGACUGGGCGACGAUGCACAAGUUGGAGCACAACUUCUACGAGCACGAUGCGUUCAAGUCGCGGUACGUGUUAGCGGCCUACCAUCUUCGGUCCUGCAAAAACAUCCUCGAGGUUGGAGGGUACCGGACCCCCAUCAGCAGUUUCCUCUUCUCACGACACGAGUCCGUGACGACAGUCGACCCGUACGUGAAGCCUCUGGCCACCGAUGAGCUCAACGGCGCGCCAUGUCGGGUGAGGCAUGUGCCGAUGCUGCUGGAGGACUACGAGAUGAGAGGAGACGAGGAUUGCUUCGUCUUCAUGGGGCUGGACUACUACGAUGAAAAGAACAUGCCCUUGUGCUCGCGGCUGCGAGACCUCGUCCGCUCCUUUGACCAUGUCGUGCUCGACUACGCUGGGCGGUACCCCACGGGAGCAGAAUGCUUCAAGGCGCUGGAACUCCCUUCCUCCUUCCACCGAGAGGUGCAGGUGGUGCUGGAGGUGGAGGGGAACGAGUGGGGGAACCUCUCCGGCUCCUGGAUGCCUACGGGACUGACGACCCGCGUGCUCUCCGUCCUCCGACAUCACCGCGUGACUGCGAGAAAGAAACAGACGUUCUCCAGCCCCUCCCAGUACUCAGGGGCUCGUGCUGUGGAGCAGGCAGCGGAGGCUGGGGAGGGGGCAAGGAAGCAGGAGGAGACAGAUGUGACGUCGGUGUUGCAACGAGCUGGGGACGAGGUGGCACGAGGAGAAGACAAGGGUGUGCGAGGAUGGAAGCUGGUGGGGCUCGUUGACGACGUUGGGGGGGGGGGAGGAGGAGGAGGAGGAGAUCUGUCAGCAUCAAAGAUGGAGGAAGUGCUUCCUCGGGUGAAGGACAAUUAUCAGGCUGCCCUCCAUCAUGCCAGGGAGCGCAACUGGACGACGUCGAGGGUCUACUGGAGGAGAUUCAAAGAGGAGGCCCAAGACGUUCAUGUCGCGACCUUGUUCGAGUUCGGACUCGCCUGGUUCAAUGGCCAUCAGUACGCAGAGGCAGCUGAUCUCUUCCUUCAGGUCACCAAGUUAGAGCCUCGAGACGCGCGAGGGUACAACAACUUGGGCCUGGCGUUCGAGAACGCGGGGAAGGAGGAGGAGGCGAUGAGAGCGUUGGAGCAAGGGCUGCAGUACGAGCCCGAACAUCACGGAUUGAACUACAAUUACGCGAAGCUCCUCCUCGACGUCCCGGACAUGCAGCUCGGGCGGCACACGGAGAGCUCGAGGGCGUUCGAGGAGGUUCAGAGGAGGAGGCCAGACUUUGUAUUCAAGUACAUCAACACGGACACCAACGAGUUCUACCAUCUCUUUGUCCAGGACGAGCGCUCCCUGCUCAACGGCCUUGCGGGCUGGCAGGAUGAAACGGGUUGCUCCCCCGCCAUGACGACGGCCUGCCAGUUGCGCAGUCUUGUACUCGAGCUGCGCGGGAAAGAAACGACUCUGGAGUUCAUCGGGGACAGGCAGCUGGACGGAAGGAGGAUGCAGCGGCUGACGGGCUACUUGAAGCACUCGUUUGCCUACGGCUCCACCUUCUACCAGAGCUGGUUGAAGGUUGAGAUUGCCAAGGAAGCAGCAGCUCGACACCUCACGGAAGAGACCGGCAUCCAUAUCCUCGUGCUCGCCUUCAGCAGGGACGUCAACCUCGGCGCUCUGCUCAACCAGAAGCUCGCCGACGAGCUCGCUCCCGGCGCUCUCGUUGUCUCCUGGUCUCGCAUCCUCGACGUUCAGCCGGAGUUCGAGCGAGCAGCCGUCUACAAGGUCGCCGUCUCCUGGUCGGACUCAUGGGGGAUGUACGUGUACAGGAGGAAGGAGAGCUGA